AUGGGGGGGGCGCGGCCGCUGCUGCUGCUGCUGCUGCUGCUGCUGCCAGGAUCUCUGGGGCUGCGCUGCCUCGGCUGCCGUGAGGAUGAUGAUGGCGGCGAUGGCGGCUCCUGCGGUGACGUCACCGAUGUCACCUGUCCCGACAGCGACGUCUGCGGGGAGGCCCUGGCGGCCGUGACCUGGAGCCACGGCCAGCUGACCCUGGGCUGGCGUGGGUGUGGCCGGGGUGAGCCGGGCUCGCUGGCCCGGGCGCUGACCCUGCCCGGCCUCGUGGCCUUCGUGCGGCGCCGCAACUGCCGGGGGGAGGCGUGCAACGAGGAACUGCCCCUGGGGGGGCCACAGGAACCGCCCCCGACCGCCAACAGCUCCGCCCCCUCCCCCAACGGCGUGCGCUGCUACGGGUGCCCGGCGGCCGGGCCCUGCCCCCCCACCGCCAUCGUCCAUUGCUACGGCGACCUCCGCGCCUGUUUCCAUGGCAACGUCACCCUGCGCGCAGGUAACGUCACCUUGUGGCGGGAGCUGCGCGGCUGCGUCCCCGAGGGCGACUGCGCCCCCGAGCGCCAGCGGCGACGCCGACGCCGCCCUGGCCGGCUCCUGCUGCCGCGGCGACCUCUGCAACGACAAGAUGGCCGACAGGAGCUUGUUCUCGCCCGAUCUGCCCCGGCUGGAGCUGCUGCCGCACGGCCACGCCCCCACGGCCCCGCCCGACAACGCCACGGCGGACGGGGGCGGGAAAAACGGCACCCGCGGCAAGAUGGCCGCCACUGCCGCCGGUGGUGGUGGUGGUGGCAAUAUGGCCGCCGGUGAUCACGUGGGCGCGGGUGAUGGGAAAACGGCAGCACCCGAGCGGGACGUGGGCAGCGGGGGCAAGAGGGCCGCUGGGGGCAAGAUGGCCGCUGGGGGCAAGAUGGCUGACGGGGGCAAGAUGGCCGCG